AUGAACGUGAAACUGUCAAUGUUUCUUUUUAUUCCGAUAGUUUUAAGUAGAGAUUUAGACGAGGCUCAAAGAGCUGCACGGGCAAAUUUCGUGCAGAGGUUGAUCAACACGAGAAAGCAUUUGGAAGGAAAACUGAGAUUGAUCGGAGGAACUAACGAAUUCGAAGGAAACGUGUACAUAUACCACGCCGGGCGUUGGGGUGCAGUUUGCGAUGACUCCUGGGAUGACGCCGCCGCACAUGUUGUUUGUAGGACCUUUAACAGAACUGGCACAGCCACCCAUGGUGGACAUUUUGGGGAAACUGCAAGAAAAUUUUGGAUGGACGACGUAGUCUGUGAAGGAAACGAAGACUCUCUGGCUCAUUGCAUUUUCUCUGGAUGGGGCUUCUCAGACUGUGAUAGUAGCGAGGCGGCCGGUGUUAUUUGUCAUGAAAAUGGAACGGAGAGCCCUCUUGAAUUAAGAUAUAAAUUCAGAAAGAAGAUUAAAACGAUACUGCAUCAAGUUCUAAACACGAGGAGAACAAGCUUACGACUUGUUGGAGGAAGAUAUUCAAAUGAAGGGAGAGUUGAAAUCUAUCAGAACGGAUUUUGGGGUAGUCUUUGCCCUGAUGGCUGGACAAUCUACGAAGCGACCGCUGUCUGCAGACAUUUAGCAUUGGGGUACGCGGAACAGGCCCUGCAAACGGACUUUUUCGGUUCCUCCCGAAUCGUUCUCAGUGGUUUGCAAUGCGAAGGGAACGAAACAAAUCUUUUUAUGUGCAAACAUAGUGAUUUCGGUGACGUGGUCUGUCCAGGCGAAAAAGGUUUUGUAGCAGCUGUCGUGUGUACUCAAUACCUACCUGAUUUGCUACUCGAUACGAUUGCAAUAGAACAGACUGCUCAUUUGUUUGACGUACCCAUGUACCAGCUACAAUGUGCUAUGGAAGAAAACUGCCUCAGCAAAUCGGCAUAUGAGAUCCAAAAAUCGAACACCAACUGGCAAUACGAAACUCGUCGGCUGCUGAGAUUCACCGCUUCGUCUUUGAAUAUAGGUAACGCUGAGUUCAGGCCUUAUCUACCAAAGCAUCUAUGGCAAUGGCACCUUUGUCAUAUGCACUAUCACAGUAUGGAAGUUUUUGCAACUUUCGACAUUCUAGAUGUCGAAGGAAACAGAAUUGCAGAAGGUCACAAGGCAUCCUUUUGUUUAGAAGACAACACAUGUUUACCAGGGAUAGAACGGAAGUACUCCUGCAAAAAUUAUGGCGAUCAAGGAGUUUCAAUUAAUUGUUCGGACGUAUAUCACUAUAACAUUGAUUGCCAAUGGGUGGAUGUCACCGAUGUCAGCCCUGGACAGUACACAUUUAAGGUUGCUGUUAACCCACACGCAAGGAUCGCCGAACAGCACUACCACAACAACGCUGCUUCGUGUGUUUUAACGCUUACUGACACGUACGCGGUGGUAAACGGUUGCCGUCUUCAAAGACCA